AUGAAAUACCUUCUUGAGCGGUAUAAGGUAUGCAAAGAUUGGAAUAGCAAGCAAACUGGUGGUAACCUUAGAAAAUCGGCCCACUUCGACGAAAUAGACGGAGUAAUGGGCUGUCGCGAUAUUGUCACGCUAAGCAACGUGAAGGAAGCUGGAAGCGCUGUGUCCCAAGACGAAGAGGCAAGCAGCAGUAAAGGGGGCUGCGUUCAAAAGAAGGAGGCAAGAACAUCGCGGAAAAAGACAAAGAAGAGGGAGAGAGAAGAGGAAAAUGAUAACGAGGAGAGAAAGAUGUUUCGGGCCGCCUUUUCAGGAUUCGUGACUAAUUUUACAAGGAUGCAAGAGCAACAGGUCACAACAAUGAAUGCUUUGGUCGGUGCGUUAAGCAAGUUCUUAGAAAAACAAUAG